GCAGCAGCAGCAGCGUCAGAAUGGGGAAGCAGUAGCUGCUCUUCCUUCGCACGAGAUGUUUUUACUUUCGUUUCUUUCUGGUCUUCUUUCUCCUCCUUCGUUCUCAGGAGCCCAAGAGCCUCGCCUGGGACAGGAGGAGUGAAGCUUAUCUUGACUGAGGCCAUCAGCUCAAGCUUGCCACAGGAUGGGAAACUCAAAUACUAAAGUUACAUCACCAGCCAACCCUGCAAAGACAUCUGCAGAAGGCAUGAUCAAGAGGUUACAAGAAGACUUCACAUGCUCCAUCUGUCUGGAACCCUUUGAUGACCCUGUCUCCAUUGACUGUGGACACAAUUUCUGCAAGGAGUGUUUGUCUGCCCACUGGAGUGGAUCUUCACACUAUGGAUACCGUUGUCCUGAGUGCCGCCAUCCCUGCAGCCGUGAGAGGAUGAAGUCUGACACUCGGCUGAAGAACUUGAUGGAAAAAAUUGUACAGCUCCCUCUGCAGGAGUUUGUUGACAAAGAACAAGUGAAACUAAAUGUAGAGGAGGUGCCAACAACUCCAUUGCCGCCAAUGCAACCAGUGCAGCUUGUGGGUUUAGAUGAGAAGGGGGAUCUUUGCUUGGACGAAGAAGCCCUGAGCCAUUGUUUUGAGCAGGGGCAGGUGAAGGAUGCUCCUGUCUGCUUGGUUUCAAUCCUUGGGGAACAACGCCGCGGCAAAUCCUUUCUGCUGAAUUUUCUCCUGAGGCGGCUCCAAAACCUGGUGGCUGAAGAUGAUUCAUGGAUGGGCCGAAAAGAUGAGCCACUGACCGGAUUUGAUUGGCGACCUGGGCCUACAAGCACAACCAAAGGGGUGUGGAUAUGGAAUCAGCCAUUUUGGCUGCACAGCGAACAUGGAAAGGUAGCCAUUUUUUUGAUAGACACUGAGGGUUCGAUGGACUUUGAGAGAAGCAAGGAAACUGGUGUCAAGCUCUCAGCUUUCUCCAUGCUGCUCAGCUCCUAUCAGAUAUUGAAUUUGGCCACCAUGAUGAAGGACACAGAUCUGGAAUACCUGGACAUGUUCAUGUAUGUAGCCGAGACAGUGGGACGCACCUGCAAAUUAAAGCCUAUUCAGCAACUCGAUGUCUUGGUGCGUGACUGGUUUUUCCCACCCAUCUAUGGAUUCCAAGGGGGCCGUAAAUACCUCCAAGAAAUCAUAGAGAAGCUGGAAUGUCAGCCAGGCAAGCACCCACGUGCCCUGGAGGCUCUGAGGAAUACCAGUACCCACUGUUAUCUCAUGCCCUUUCCAGGCAAACGAUUGGCGAUGGGAACUGAGGGCCUCCUUGCAGACAUGGAUGAUGAUUUUAGGGAAUGUCUGAAGGAUUAUGGGAAUGAAAUAGCCAGAUCAGCAGGAAUGCAUGCAAAGAGAAACCAAGAUGACACAACCCUCACGGGGGCACAGCUUGCGUCCAAGAUAAAGAAGUUCUCGACUCUCAUGAAGCAAUACAAGUUUGCCUUCUCUUCAGUCACACAGAUGGCCAUCACUUUACAUGACCUGGACAUCCAGGAGACCUUGAGGACAGAAUUUGCAGAGUUCAUCAAAGAGCAGGAGCAGAUCUCACGCCCCAUGAUUGCAGGCCUAAAGGUGACUCCAAGCUCAAUGACACGGUGCAUUUCAGAGAAGCAGCGGCAGCUGAUCCAUCGGUGUGAGAUAUUGCUGCAGGGAAAUGAACCCGGUCGGAAAGAUUCCAUAUUACUGCUUGAGUCUUACCUGCAGGCUGUUGCUAAAGAUUUUCUUGAAUGCUACAGCCGUCGAUACAAAUCCCAUGCCCUCAAAGCUGGUUUGGCGAUUGGAGUGGGUACUCUUGGAUUAGCUGGUGGGGCCAUUGGGGCUGGUAUUGCAGGAGCCAUCUUGGCUGCAGAAGCCAUUGUACUGAGUACCGGUACAGCAGCAACGUUUGCCAUUGGGACUAUGGCUGGAGCAGGCACUUUUGCCCUUGUUGGGGGAGGGGUGGGGGCAGGUGUAGGCAGCAAUAUAGGGAACCGUAGAGCCCGAGAGGCUGAGAAUGUGAGUGAAAGUGAUGUCGAGGCUGAGGAAGCAGAGAGUGACCUGUCAGAUGAGAGAUGCCUUAUUGACCGGCAGGGCACACUUUAGAGUUGACAAAGAGACAGUUUCAAGGCAUAGAUUUUGUGUUUAGCCAGUUGGCAGAUUAGAUGAUAACACCUUUGUUGUCAGAAGGUGAUGGAAUAGGACUCCUAUGCUGUUCUCUGUUCCACAAACCAUUGAUCUCCCCUAUCCAAAUGGUUGGAUAUGGGAUAGACAUGACAUGCACCCCAGAUUUCAUUAUCAUGCAGAUGUGGACUUGUUGGUGAUGAGAGAAAGUGUGUUACAGUGGCCUUCUAGUGCUAGAACCAUCAGUUACCUCUGAUGGUAAAUAAGGGAAUCUCUCUUCCUGUUGUUCUGCUUUCAAUUUUCUCCUUCUCCAUUGCUUGGUAAAUUGCUACAGGCAGCCCUAGAAGAAACAUCAAUCCUUUCUCAGGUCCUAACUCUUUCUUGCCCAUAAUACCUACCCUAGGAUCAUAAGCAGAGUGGAAAAAUCAAAGAGUUGGAAGAGACCACAAGGGCCAUCCAGUCCAACCCCUUCCUAUGCAGGAACUCUCAGUCAAAGCAUCUCCAACAGAUGGCCAUCCAGCCUCUGUUUAAAGACCUCCAAGGAAGGA